AUGACCGAAGAAGGCGAUGGAAACAUUGAAUUCCUUCUAGAAUGUUACGAAAAAAUUAAAGCCAGUCCAAAGGAUGCAUCGAAUUACGCGGAAAGAUGCAGAGCCUUCAUGAAACUCAAGCAUUAUUUCUACGCCAUCGAAGACGCCAGAAAAAUCAUCAACGACAUCAAUCCGUCCUCACCACUCGGCUACAAACUUCUGGCAGAAAUAUACCGCCUGGCCGAAAUAUAUGAAGAAGAAAUUAAAGUUCUCGAAUUUGGUAUUUUAAGCUGCAACAGAGAUCACCGCAGAGAAUUCAUGAAGUUGAAGAAAGUUGCUGAAAGUAAACUGGCCGAAAGAAAGAUCGUAGAAAAGAAUACAUUUUACGCCUUUCUCUUGAUUGGUUGUUUCUUGGGCAUGACGCUGGCCAUGUUGGCAACCAGGCUCCAGUUACUCAGUACAGUGAUGAACAGAAGUCUGGUGUUUGUGCUAGUUUUGGGCGUUUUCGUAUCGAUGGCUGUGUUGGUUCACUGGGUGUACAGCAGGACGAGGAGGACUGACAGAUACAUGAAAAUCCACCCACCAUAUGACGUCAUCGACGACAACGACGAACUGAUUAGAGCUCGAGACCGCGGAGAUUUUGAUUACGUCGGUCCGUCAGAAGAAAGUGAUGACGACGAUCAUUUUCCGGUUGAAGAUGACGAAAGUGGCAUUUUCAAAAAAGUAAAAUAA